CCCAGGGAACGUUUCCGAGUUGUCCCUGCGGCUCUGAAUAAAUUCUUCUUGUCCGUCGUGCAGCGCAGAUGUCAGUGAUCAUCGCAGGUCCAGCCGCAAUCGCGCAAUUGCAUUGCAACUCUCCUCUGUCAGUCCUGUCAGUCAGCACGGAGAGGCGAAGAAAGGCAGAGGUUGGCGCUCGCUAGGGUAGCGGUGGAUAGUGUCUUGAUCCUUGUGCGUGAGACUGAGCCUGGCUUGAUGAGACCUGUAGUCCAAUUUUGUCCAUUCUUCUGGAGCUUCGUUGCGGCAGCGUCGUUGAGAGCGCCGUUCUUCUAGUCAAAGCCGAUUUCGGAUCACCACUGUCGUUGGGAGUGCAGCAACUUGGCAGUGAUCUAUACCUGUAUCAGCAGAGCAUCUGCACUCUUGUAUCUCCUUCAGUUUCCCGCCAUGGCUACUGAAGCUGCUCCGGCCGCUGCGCCAUCUACAGACAUUGCAACUGUUCCGAAAGCAGCGGAUACGAAACCUGUGAAGGAGAAGAAGCCACGAGCUCCUAGCAAAGGAGCCAGGGCCCCUCCAACGCAUCCUCCGUACCUCCAAAUGGUUAAGGAGGCGCUUGUCGCUCUGAAGGAGAGAAGUGGAUCUAGUCAAUACGCAAUCGCGAAGUACGUUGAGGCGAAGUACCAGCUGCCACCCACUUUCCGGAAAACUCUCUCAAUUCAGUUGAAGAACUUGGUGAAGGCGGGAAAGUUCCUUAAGAUAAAGAACAGCUUCAAGCUUAGCGACGAGCUGAAGAAGCCGGAGAAGGAGGCGAAGAAGCCGGCAGUGAAGAAGGCGGUCGCGGCUAAGGGUGGGCUGAAGAAGGCAAAGACGGUGUUGAAGAAGACGGUGGGGUCCACGCCCAAGAAGUCUGCAAAGAGAGCGCCAGUGGCGAGUGGAGGAGAUGCUGCUGCUAAGCCGAAGAAGGUGGCGGCGCCGAAGGCAGCGGCGUCGUCGGGUUUGAAGAAGCGCAAGGCGGAUGCAGCCCCAAAGGCGGCGGCUGCAAAGAAGGCGACUGGUGAUGGCAAGAAGAGGAGAUUGUCCGCUGGGACGGCUCUAGCUCCGGCGAAGAAGCUUGGUUCGACUGUUAAGAAAGCGACCGUAGCCGGCAAGAAAGCCGCAGGGGCUUCUAAAGCUGCCUCGACGGUGGUGAAGAAGACUUCCGCUGUCGCUGCUACUAAGAAGAUACCAGUGAAGAAGGCAGCAUCAUCAAGUAGGGCGCCGUCGGGGAGGGCAGUGAGAGCGAGAAAGUGAAGGGGACGAGGUGGUAGAGCCAUGGGGGUGGCGGGGGGUUGUAGCGAGUUUUUUUUCUCAUUUGUCUUUGCGCUCCUGUUGGACGGCAAUAGAAUUUGAUUUCCAUUUUCGUUAUCCGGUUUUGUGGUGAUGAGAGCUCCUGGGAGUUUACGAUUGAGCGUCUAGAUUGCUCGUUGGUGAUAGAGGUCCAGAACUGGUUGCCCGUCACUCAAUGGGCCGUCGAUGAGGAACUACCACGGUGAAUGGACGAUCUCUCUCGCUCUGCUGGUGGACGAGAGGGAAUUGUAUGUGGAAAGUGCGGUUAGUUUGGUGAAAGUCCCGCGCAUGGCUGGUGGCACCCUCUCUGUUGUACCAUUUCGCUUGAGAGUAAAGGUCCCAAGCAGAUGAACAGACACAUGGGUUGGCGGAGAAUUCGCUGCGGUGUUCCUGAUUGUCGACGGUUGUAGAUGAUGUUAUGCUGGGAGGGUCUCGGCGUGGGGUGGGAAACGUUGCUGUGCGAACCUUGAUGAUAAAAAGACGAGGGUUCGUUCGGUGCUUGAGUCGCACGCCUGAGAGGACAGGUUAUGUAGGGAUCGGGAUCUCGUGUCGUUACGCGUUGGCGUGGCAGAGGAACGCAAAAUGCUAUCUGCACGAGUUGGCGGAGAAUGCCGAGGGCAGGGCAGACUGUCGCCCGCAUGUGUUCUCUGCCUCGUACGUAGAAAGAUGGGCGCCGCCGGACUAUCAUGCGUGUGCGCACGCGUGAGAAAACGGUGACGGCAUCUGUAACGAUGAUAUGGAGGCGGUGAGGAUUGUUCUCGUCCUUUUGACAGAUCAAUUGAUGAAGGCGCGUUCUGGAUUUUGUCCUCGUUCUUGCGUAGUCGGAGUGGGCAGGUGGUAUCCUUCAAGCUGAACGAACACUUGCCAUCGCUAUGCGUUGCCCGAGUGUGUCCGGUGCAGCAUGGCAGUUGUAUGAUCGGAAGCAUUGGGGGCAAAGGCGGGGAGGGUCCGUGGUGGGCGGGGGGGGCGGUAUCGAGAGCUGUUUGCGAUUUGAAGGAUAGUGAGAGGAGAUGACAAGGCAAACAGUCAUUGAUGGCGUGUAAGUGGAGAGGGCGAUGGUCCCUAUGGCGUAGGCAGGUCGGAGAGUAGGGUGAUGGCGUCAUGGACAGGAAAAUGGGCUGCUCCCGAUGGGUGUUGAGAGGGGUUGGAAGAUUUGUAAUUAAUUUGUACAGUAUAGCAUGAGGCUGAUUCUUUUUAACAGUAAACCUUUCAUCAGCAAGCGUCCUGGUUCCCCAUUCCGGGAUUUGCCGGGGAACUUUUCAAACGUUCUUGGCUGUCAGUUUCCAUUCUUAAGAACGUUCUCAAAUGACUUUAUUUUGCAUUAUCAUGGAUGCUUUCCUUAUCG